AAUAUCCAAACAGAGCACAAUCAGAGAGAGAGAGAGAGAGAGAGAGAGAGAGAGAGAGAGAUGGCAGAAGAAAAUAAAGUGAGACUUCAUGGAGCUUGGUCAAGUCCUUACAAUCAGAGGGUAAAACUUGCCCUGAAACUGAAAGGUAUAGCCUAUGAAUAUGUGGAAGAAGAUCUGAGAAACAAGAGCCCUUUGCUUCUCAAAUACAAUCCUGUUUACAAGAAGAUUCCUGUACUUGUCCACAAUGGAAAACCCGUCUGUGAAUCUCUUGUCAUCCUUGAAUAUAUUGAUGAAACCUGGAGGGAUUUUGGUCCUAAACUCUUGCCCCAAGAUCCUUUUAAGAGAGCCCAAGUUCGCUUCUGGGUCAGUUUUAUUCAGCAACAGUUGUUUGAGGCCAUGUUUUCAGUCCUCAAAACAGAUGGUGAAGCCCAACAUAAAGCCAUUAAGGAAGUGAAUGAGAAGUUAAAUAUACUAGAAGAGGGCAUGAAGAAUUUUUUCCAAGCUUCUACUCAUCCUGUUGAUGGUCAAAAUUUGGGACUUUUAGAUAUUGUGAUAUGUAGUAUAUUGGGAAAUUAUAAGGCUCAGGAACAAGUCCUUGGCAUAAAGAUUAUAGACUUAGAGAAGACUCCAUUGAUAUUUUCUUGGCUAACAACUUUGGUUGAACUACCUGUGGUGAAAGAGACACUCCCCCCUCAUGAAAAAAUUGUGCUAUUUCUCAAAUAUGUGAGACAGAAUGCGCUUAAAGCUUCCAAAGCUUAAGUACCUUCGGAGUAUUUCUAGUAGUUUGUGUUCCUUAUUAAUUUUAUGACUCUUUUUAUCAGUUAAAUGAAUAAGCAGCAGUCAGCCUCUUGAAUUUGCUGAUUAGGUUUCCGAUUAGAUUAUUGCAAUAAGGCCUAUUGCCAACUCUUUAUGUACUGAUUGUAGCUAUUCUACAAAGAAAACUAAUGAGUGGCUAGAUAACCUUGUGCCUUUUAUAUAGCUACACAGAAUUGAUCUUUUGAAAGUUAUAUUUCAAUUCAUCUUGGAAUUAAGACAUGUUGAUAUAGAUAUUAAAAAUAAUAUUUAUAUGCUUAAUUUAAUUGAUUAC